AUGAGCGAGCAGGAGACAAGGUACACGAUCAAGCAUACCGCCAACAUGCUCAAGUUUGUCAAGUACCCUGAAAUUCAGCUAAGGUACUUGACAAACUCGCAGAAGAAGUACCUUGCCCAAGUAUACAACAUUGGUACGGAUCUGUCCAAGGAUAUCUACCAUGGCCUUACCAAGCCUGCCUUUGACUUCAGCGAGGUGGAGGAGCUAUCCAAGACGGCGCAAGAGUGGUAUAAGGAGAAGAGGUUCAGACCUGCCCCGGGCGAGAGGCUUACGGGGUUCCCUCCCUCUAUGCCUAUCUAUAACUACUAG